GCCCGUGGCCCGAGAGUUGACGCCCCCUGGGGGUCUGCUGUCGCUUUUCGGCGUCUCCGGCGCUCGCUUGGUUUGGAAUCGGGGUCUUUCGGACCCCACCCCCUUUCGUUGCCGGAGGUGUCCCUCCCAAGUAGCCUUGGGCGCCAGUGCCCAGAGCCCCGCGGAAGGAUGGCGAGGGCAGCGCCUUUUAAAGGUGGUUGAUUCUAAAGGGUUGCAAGAACUUGCAAAAACCUGAAGGGGAAAGCUUUCUAGAGCAAUUCGGAGACCGCAGCCCUCGUGUUGUGCUGUGCACGAGUGGAUUCAUUCUCUUCAGCUCAUGCACGUGCAAGUCAUCAGUUCGGGACUGAUUUUGAGAAUGGAAUGUAGGGUGCAAAACGGGAUCUGAGGGAAAGUAUGUGUGUAGACCAGCAUCCAGCUUCAGUUGGAGAGAUCCCAGAAGCCCCAGAAAGCGACGUGUAGACAGAACCUCGCUUCGUUCAGUGUUGGCAAUGGCCGCCACUGUGAACUUGGAACUUGACCCCAUUUUUUUGAAAGCACUAAGCUUCUUACAUUCAAAGAGUAAAGAUUCUGCUGAAAAACUAAAGGCACUACUUGAUGAAUCUUUGGCUCGGGGGAUUGAUUCAAGUUAUCGUCCAUCUCAAAAGGAUGUGGAGCCACCCAAAAUUUCCAGCACAAAAACUGUUUCCAUUAAGCAAGAGCCCAAAACCUUGUCCUCUCUGCCUUCUGGCAGUAAUAAUGGCAAGGUCCUCACAGCUGAAAAGGUGAAGAAGGAAGCUGAAAAGAGACCUGCUGAGAAAAUGAAAUCUGAAAUCACUGAAGCAGCUGAUAUCCCAAAGAAACCAAGAUUAGAGAAACCAGAGACACGGUCCUCUCCCAUUACCGUCCAAACCAGCAAGGAUUUAGCAAUGGCUGACCUUUCCAGUUUUGAGGAGACCAGUGCUGAUGAUUUUGCCAUGGAGAUGGGAUUGGCCUGUGUUGUUUGUAGACAGAUGACGGUGGCAUCUGGUAACCAGUUGGUGGAGUGCCAGGAGUGCCAUAACCUCUACCACCAGGACUGCCACAAGCCCCAGGUGACGGACAAGGAAGUGAAUGACCCACGCCUUGUGUGGUAUUGUGCCCGCUGCACCAGACAGAUGAAGAGGAUGGCCCAAAAAACUCAGAAACCGCCACAGAAACCAGCCCCUGCAGUCGUUUCUGUAGCUCCAGCUGUCAAAGAUCCAUUGGUUAAAAAACCAGAAACUAAACUCAAACAAGAGACAACUUUCCAAGCAUUUAAGAGAACAGAAGUCAAGCCAUCCACAGUUAUUUCAGGAAACUCUUCCAGUACUAGUGUUUCCUCUUCAGUCACCAGUGGCCUAACGGGAUGGGCAGCUUUUGCAGCUAAAACUUCCUCUGCUGGUCCAUCAACAGCUAAGCUGAGUUCAACAACCCAAAACAACAGUGGGAAGCCUGCUACCUCCUCGGCUAGCCAAAAGCCAGGAGGCUUGACCGGUCUGCCAAGUGCAUCCAAAGGUGGAAUAGGCUCCAAAAUAGGCUCUAGUAGCAGCACUUCACCCACUAUGCCCCUGAAACCACCCCCACCUCUAACUUUGGGCAAAACUGGCCUUAGUCGCUCAGUUAGUUGUGACAAUGUUAGCAAAGUAGGUCUCCCUAGUCCAAGCAGUUUAGCUCCUGGGAGCAGCAGCCAGCUGAGUGGGAAUGGCGGCAGCAUGAGCUCAGGGACUGGAGGAAGCACCACCAGCAAAGCCGCCUCAGAGCCCAGCAGCACUCCCUCAGCCUCCCUGAAGGGCCCAACCUCACAGGAGUCCCAGCUCAACGCCAUGAAGAGACUCCAGAUGGUCAAGAAGAAAGCCGCUCAAAAGAAACUCAAGAAGUAACAUGGCCAAGUAGGUUUUUAUAUUACAUUGCCCUGCAGAAUAAAGUCUCAUAAUUAGGACAUAAACUGUAAUAUAUUGUAAUGUAAUAAAAAAUCUUCAUAAUGAAAUUUCUAUUAUUUCUUACCUUACAAUGCUAAUAUUAAUAAAAUUUGGAUAUUUUUUAAAU